AUGGCAAUUUGUUCCGGACUUAAGGGUAUUAUGGAUCAAUUAUCGAUUUCAUAUGAAGCUAAAACUAAUGAUAGAAUUCUCUGGGAUGCAGCUGUUGUUAGAUAUUAUUCUUUUGAUGAUAAUAGUAGGAAUUGGUUACUUGAUUAUGAUUCAAAUUAUCAAAAUGCCACUUCAGAAAACACACAAGUUGUAAUUAGUCUAGUGCGAAAUGCUUUAAAUUUUACUGUUAUUGGUGCUUAUUAUCAGGCAACAGGGUUUACAGUAUUAGAUAUAUCUUAUCAUGCAUUUACAGUUGCUCUAUGA